UUCCCGCGAGAUAAUCUCCCCCAGCAACCCCCACCUCUCUCUCUCUCUCUCAAUCCCAUGACGAAUCCGAAUCCGAAUCUAAAACCGAACUGUUUUCUCCCCCAUGUCGAGCUCUCCUCCACCUUCUUCAAAGCCACCCCUGAUUUCCGACCCCGACGGCAAAUUAGACUCCGCAACGACGUCGUCCGUGUCCUCUCCAACUCAACCCUCUCCCUCCAGAGCUAAGCUCCUCAAAAUCCCCCCCAUCCCGAUUCGACGAAGCCCCAGACACACGAUCCACGAAGACGAAGAAUUUGAAGAAUUCGAAGAAGAAGAUGACGACGACGACGACGACGACGAAGAGUAUGAGGACCAGGUUCGUACGGAACGUAAAACAGAUGAUGCGCCUAUCGUGUUGGCAUCGUCGCUCGGCCUCAAUCACAUUCGGACUCGAUCGGCUCCGUCGCCGCUUCGAUUCUCUUCGUCGGUCUGCGCGGCUUCGAAUUUCGGUGACGAAUCGAAUAAGGUCAAGUACACGGUCAAGCCAAAACCCAAAUUUACGCCCAUACAACCAGUGAAACCUGUGCACUGGAAUCAAUCAAAAUCGCUCAGAAAUCCUUCACUACUCAAUCCAGUCUCGGAGGUAAAGAAAUUGCCAAUGAAUUGCCUUAUGUAUAUAACGAUUUGCUAAGUGUGGCUAACAUUGGAGAGUUGGGCCAAAAGACUUGCCAUUGAAUUUAGCUUUCAUUCAUAAUAAUAUUAAUCAAAGAAUUGGGCCUUGAGCUUCUUGGGCGAUGGAGAAAUUCAAUUAGGAUACCGAAACGGUUUCACAAAAGACUUAGUGAAAUAGAAAUUAAUUAUUUUGUGGACUUUUUCUAUAAUUUUUUUAUACUAA